AUGGCGAACCUCCGAGGGUUGUCGAGGCCGGCUCGCAACCUUCCUGUGUCCCAAUUAGCACGCCAGACAUACACAGCUAUCCCGGUACGAUGUGCCUCGUCACAAGCCGCCGAGGCCGCGGCGCCAGUGCUCAACGACCUUGAAGACUCAACGCUCACGGCGCCACAAUUGAGCGAGGAAGAGAAGAAGCAGUUCAGGCCAUGGAAGCGUGCGAAAGACAGGAAAUUUGCGCUUCCUAGCGGAAGAUACCAGUACCACCCCCCCAAGUACAACCGCGGUCCGCUCCACCCGGUCCAGUCCCCUCCCUCCUCGGACCCGAUCGCGCGCGAUUUCGUCCCGGGCCCCUUCAACCUCCCUCGCCUCAAGCAGACCUACCACUCGACCAUCGCGUCGGACCUCAUGACGCUCGCCUACACGCACGUCCCGCCGGGUACGCCCAAGAAGGAAGCGGCCGACCGGCUCCGCGGCUGGGACGGCUCGUCCCCCUACCACAAGAACCGCGCGCUGCGCGGGCCGCGCGGCAAUCCGGUGCUGCCGCUGGUCGAGCGCGACAUCACUUUCAACAACAUCCCCGAACUGAAGGAGAUCACCAUCGCCAGCUACGUGCCCGACGCCAUCAAAGACCCGAACCACCUGCUGGUGGCGCGCAGCGUGCUGCUGGCGCUGACGGGCACGACGCCCGAGAUUACCAAGACCAAGACCAACGUCGUGCAGUGGGGAAUCAAAAUUGGCGACCGGGCUGGUGUCAAGACGACCGUGUACGGCAACGCGGCGUAUGAGUUUUUGGAUCGGUGUGUGCAUUUGGUGUUUCCGAGGAUCAAGGACUGGAUGGGGAUUUCGGCUACGACCGGUGACAGCUCGGGCAAUCUCUCGUUUGGUCUUACGCCGGAGGAGGUGAGGCUGUUCCCGGAGGUCGAGGCUAAUGCUUGGUUGUACCCGGCCAAGAUGCUUCCCGGCUGCAGGGUGUUUAUCAAGACGUCGGCAACCUCGGACAGGCAAGCGCGGCUGCUGCUGCAGGCCUUUGGCGUGCCGUUUUACGGGGAGGUCCGGAACUAG